AUGAAAUCUCUCCUUUGGCUUUUUGCUUUCUUUUGCAUCACCUAUUUCUUGGUUAUUGAUGCAUCGCCUAUCCAUAAUCCAUCAUCUCCCUCCUCUCAACUUGAUUUUAAAGUCACUUGCGUUGACGAUUCUCAGUGCACUGACGGAAAAGUUUGCCGAGCAUCUAUUAAAGGUACUGCUUGUGUAUCUAAUACAACAGUAAUUGAUAAUAAACCUACUAAAAAUCUCAAACAAAUCGGUUGUGAUG